AUGGACGGUGAUCAGGAGCAGGGCGGAUACCAAGCCUAUGGAUGGGGGGACUACGGGACGAGCCAGGACGAGACCACUGGUGACCACCAGAACCCCUACGCAAUGGCCGCGGACAUGGACUACUAUGGCGCCCCUUACGUGGCCGGUGAUGGUUCCAACCCAUACGCAUAUGCCUAUGGCUUGCCAGAAGAUAAUGCUUACAAUGAUCCUCAGGAACUGCACAACGACGAACCCAAAUUGGAGGCAGGGCCUAUUGAUGAUGAGCCACAAGACCAGCCCGUGGACACCUGUAAGGAUGAGGCCCCUAGGCCCGAGAAUCCCGACAACGAUGAUGUCCAGCCACAAUACAUGCUCGAACCAACAAACACCAAUGACCCUCCUGCAGAGCAGCCGGAUGAAAUGUUCGGCUUUGGGGCUAACCUUGCGGAUGGCGCCGCUGAGGUCCCCGACGCUAUCGAGCCUAAUGAUGCUUUCGGCUUCUUUGGCUUUGAUGAUGCGCCAUCGACGCCUGCCGCAAUUAGUGAGGCACCUGCCCCAGAUUUGGCUGCCUUUUCUGAUGUGACUCCAGUUAUGCCGUUCUCAGACAAUGACAUCUCAGCCGUUCCGAUAUGCGUCUCCAGGGUACCUACGCCUUCUGAUUCAGUCCCCAUUGACCCCAGUCCUCAGACAGCCUUUGCUCAAGGGCCAGAGGUCGUCGACCCCGCUCAAGCAGAAGACUCAGCAGCUCUGCUCGAGCAUCUCCGCAGAGUCAGGAAGAUGCUGGUCAUAGAUCAGAUUCUGCGUUUGCGCGCAGCUGUUGGAGCGGACAGAGUCUUCAGGGACAUACAACCACAACAGCUAGUACCUAUUGAGAGCCGCGAGGAGAUAAGCAUGGCUCUACCUUGUGACGAGUCUUUACAGCAGGUCCUGAGCGAGGAACCGCAAUGCAGUCAGGAGGUAGAGCUUUUGCGAAGCUUCUCCAACGCUGAUGAGUACGUAUCUGAGGAUGUUGUUUCCAGACUGCAAACAGACCCGGAGACAGAACGAAGCAUUCGUGAGGCGGAGGCUAUCAUUGAGGAUGCGGUAGUACACACCCCUGAGAUCAAGGACCUGGAGAGCUUGCCUGAUAUGGAGACAGCUCCACCUCUGGAGCACAUUUCUAACAAGACUGAAUCGGAUUCAUUCGAGAGAAUACAAGACAGUGACCUUAUUGAUGAACUCAAAAGCGAGAUAUCUCAAUGGGGACAGCCAGCCCUAGAGGAACAUAGCUGUGCAAGCUCGGUCCAUCGUCAGGUCACUCCUUGUGAUAGUACUCCGGACGACUUUGCCCCACCUGACUCGCAUGGGCCAGAGAGCCUGCUAUUGCCUUCUGAGGAUUUGGUUGUUGAUCGUGUCGCAACUCCUGACGUUCUCGAUGGGUCGUUUGGGCUAGCACAAUCUUCUGAUGUAUGCCAAGAAGAGCCUUAUAUUGAACAGCAGGUGUCGGUCCACGAACAAGAAUAUGAGCCUACACCGGAAGGGGUACUUCAGCUUCCGGAAGAGACGCUGGAUGAAUUUGAUAUUGAAAUGGCUCGCAAAGAGGCAGAGAUGCUUGAGCAGGCGCGACGUGAAGAGGAGGAGAUGCUGCGCCAGGCCGAGGAGGACCUAUACUGCCAAGAGGAAGAGCCUCAAGGGCUUGAGGACGAGACAGGCCAUGCAGCUCUACGUACAGAACAAGAAGUGCAGGAGGACUCUUUGGUUGUAUCCAGGCUUGAUACUCCUGCGAUAAGUUUGGUCGUCGAUAAUGAGGAUAGUGAUAGCCUGUAUGUUGAUAGGCUGAAUACACCUGUUGUAGAACUACACACUCCACCAAAGCAUCUUCCCAAAUCACAUACCAAGCAUAAAGCGGAGCAUCAGAGGGAUGAACAUGCCAAGGAAAAGCAUCAUGCUGCCAAGCAGAAGAAGGAGAAGAAGCUUGAGAAGCCUGAGAAGGAACCGAAGCAUGAAGCAGACAAAAAGAAGACUAGCGCAAUCAAGAAGAAGCCCGACCUCAUUAAGGAAACUAAAGACGCACCAGCAGAAAAGCCACAGAAGAUUAACGGAGACACUUCUUCGUCUAAGCCCCACUCCACCAUCAAAUCCACUACCGAGACGCGUCGUGCAGAUAAGAAGAUUGCUAAGAAGCAGCAGAAGGACAAGAAGGAGCCUAUGGAGCGCGAGACGUCUACAACCGUAUCAUCUCUAACAGAGUCCUCUCACAGCGAAGACAUCGCCGUGGCAGAGAAAUUGCGUGAAGAGCAACUUCGAAAGAUUGAGGAGCAGAAGAAACGGCAGGAAGAGAAAGAGCUGCGGCGUCUUUUAGCCGAAGAGAAGUUGCGGAUGGACAAGGAGAUUGAACGGGCCAAUCGCAAAGCUGACCGUGAGUACCAAAAACUUGAGGCAGAGAGGAAACGCUUCGCUGUCAAUUCGCAGAUAGAGUCCAACUCUACGACGUCUUCUGCGAUAGACACAACUAAUAGUGGCCUUCUUUUGGAUAGAGAGCUGAUGCGUGAGAUUCGCCUUCGUGAAAGGCGCGACAAGGAGCUUCAGGCUUUACGGCACAACAUCGAGGCUCAACUAGAGAGAGAAUCCGAUUCUGUUGAGUAUGAUCCGUCUGUGCAGACACUGAGUGCAAUUAGAAGGAGUGGCCAUGGAGCUGCAUCGUCCAUAGUUAGAAGCAACAAGCAUAGGGAUAGCGGCAGACAUGUAUCCCUGUUCGUCGACACCUCGUCAUGCUCCAGUUUCUAUGUCAAGGUGUUGAGCCACCGCACUGUUAUUAUUUCUGGGUCGCGACCCUUCAUUAGUUACUACAUUGAGCUGGGCAUGGACGGCAGGAGGCUCCACAUAAGCUGCCGCUUUUCGGAGGUCAAGGAGCUUCACGCGGCAAUCUCUGCGGCCUAUCCUGCAGCGACUUUGCCUGACAUCCCACCCGACAGGCCUUACGCUUUGGGCGGCUGGAAGCCGGAGUUUAUUAGGGAACGAGCAAGGCUUUUAGAAGCUUACCUUUAUAGCAUGCACUCCAUAACGUUUGUGCGUACGAGUAACAUAUACAGACAAUUCUUAAAGGCAGCUCGCUGCUGA